AUGGCAGUGAAUGUCCCCGGACUCGUGGCCGUGGUGGUUUUCUAUAUUGUCAUCCUUGCAAUUGGGAUCUGGGCAUCUCGAAAAUCCAAGAAAGUGGAGAAGACAUGUACCGGCGCUAAGAGCGAAGUUGCCAUUGUUGGUGGCCGCAACAUUAAUGUCCUGGUCGGGGUUUUCACCAUGACAGCAACAUGGGUCGGAGGAGGUUACAUCAUGGGAACUGCUGAGGUUGUUUAUUCCCCUUCUCAAGGUCUCAUCUGGGCCAUGGGGCCUCCUGCCUAUGCUAUCACUUUUCUUUUGGGAGGAUUGUUUUUUGCCAAACCGAUGAGGUCAAAGCGCUACGUGACCAUGUUGGAUCCCUUCCAGCAUCGCUAUGGCAACAUGCUCACUGCAGCAUUGCUGCUUCCUGCUUUGGUCAGUGAUAUGUUGUGGGUUGCCUGCAUCCUUGCUGCUCUGGGAGGAACAAUGAGCAUCAUUCUUGGGCUGUCAUCUACCAUCUCCAUCAUCAUCUCGGCAGCUGUCUCCAUCAUCUACACAUUGUUAGGUGGUCUCUACUCAGUGGCAUAUACAGAUAUCAUCCAGCUUUCCUUCGUCUUUGUCAGCCUGUGGCUCUGCAUUCCUUUUUUGAUACUCAGUCCUGCAGUUACUAACAUCUCGCACACAGUCCACCUCAACCAAACACUUGGAAUCUCAUGGUUGGGAGAGUUGAAGCUGGAGGAUGCAGGAAAAUGGGCAGAUGAGAUGCUGUUAUUGGCUUUAGGGGGACUGGCCUAUCAAGCUCUCUACCAGAGGAUCCUCUCUGCAGCCUCCUCGACUCAGGCUCAGGUCACCUGCUUUGCUGCUGCUGGGGCAGCUUUCAUUAUGGGAAUCCCCUCAGUUAUCAUUGGAGUAGUGGCUGCCUCUGCAGACUGGAACCAGACAGCGUACGGUCUCCCCCCUCCUUUUGAACGAGGGGAGGCAGGGAAUAUCCUCCCACUGGCCCUGCACUACCUCACACCCUCCUGGUUGUCAGUGUUGGGCAUUGGUUGUGUGGCGGCGGCAGUUAUGUCCUCCAUGGACUCUGCGCUGCUGUCCUCAGCAUCCAUGUUUACACAAAACAUAUACAAGACAACUUUGAGGAAGAAGGCCUCGGAGCGAGAGCUGCAGAUAGUGAUCCGUAUUAUCGUGCUGCUGGUGGGCCUGGCUGGAUUAGGCCUGGCCUUUGGCGAUGACAGCGUGUUCGCCCUCUGGAUGGUAAGCGGGGACCUGCUCUACUGCGUGGUCCUCCCGCAGCUCGUAUGCGUGCUGUACUUCAGCCGUGCUAAUAGCUACGGUGCUAUCUGUGGCUAUUUAGUAGGACUGCUGGUGCGUGGGCUGAGCGGGGAGCCGCUGCUUGGAAUCCCCGCUCUCAUCCUGUACCCCGGCUGGCGGGAGGUGGACGGAGUUAAAGUGCAGUACUUCCCCUUCAGGACAAUUGCCAUGCUCUCCUCUAUGAUAUGUAUUAUUUCAGUGUCCUGGCUGGUGGAGGUCGCCUUCCGUCGCCAAAUAAUUCCUCAAUCCUGGGAUUCACUGGGGGUGUUUGAUGAGAAAAAAGAGGCAGAGAAGGAGCAAGUGCCUGCUCCUUGUGAGGAAAAUAACUCUAGCCUUAAUACAAAACUCUAGGCUUAACUUAAAUACAACAUCAGCCAAAGUAUACGUAAACCUUUUUUUAUGCAAAUUCCUACCAACCUUCUUCUCUGCACAUUUCUUACAUGUACUGUAUAAUCCACGUGUUUAAUACUGAAUCAUACGCUUUAUAUGCACCAAACUGACCAGCAGUGUGGAGCGGGAGUCAAGAAAGCUUUGAUGUGUGAUGGAUGUCUUUUUGUAACGGAAGAGGAUGAAGGCGACAGAGGAUGACCUCAAGAUUGUGAUCUUAAUGCCAGGAGUCAGUCCUCUUUAAAUGAACCUAUUUCCUCAAUUGUUAAUUGUUUAUCGGUGAAACAAACAUUUUUGUAGUUCCUUAAUUAGGUCUCCCCUCAAACCUUUUCAGUAAAUUAAGUUCAACCCAGGUGUUGUUAUUUAAUUGUGUAAUCAUUGUCUUACUUUCUAAGAAGUUUUGUCUCUUUGCAUUUAUCAAACACUGAGGGAACAAGCAAUCUCAAUAUGUGAUGCAAUAUGAUGAGGUUGAGUAUUCCUCCGAAAACAAAAGAAUCUAGCAGCAAGUGCCUGCAUUUUACAAUAUUUUACAAAAGUAUUUUACAAUAUUUUAUGCUUUAAAUGGAUCCUGAAUGAAGGACCAUCG